ACUGGAGCUGGAGCAUACAAAGAAUGGAGCUCGUGCUGUUUUUAUACCUAUCGGAAGUUCAGUGCAAAGCUAUAUAGCGGUUGGCUGUGCAAUAAUAGAUUCACAUCGCUCAAAAUAAGAAUAUCUAUCUAAAAAUUAUGACACGUGUGCCGUUCAGUUCUCUUAAUGGCAUACAUUAUAAGAUCUGUCAAAUACAUCUUAAAGUGCACUUUGCUAAUCAAGACUGACAUAAAGGUUCAAAAUACUAGGACCUAAUUGCAAACAGGCUCUUGCCAAGCCUGCUCUUAAGGACCUAUAAGAGAGACCUUACAGCCUAACCCCAAAGAUGACAAAUCAGAGCUCCGCAAAGGCGUUGGACGGUGGCUGGGGCUGGGUCAUCGUGGUGGCAUCUUUCCUGUGCCAAUUUCUGGCCUAUGGUUCCCCAAUGUCUGUUGGCGUGCUGUACCCAGAAUGGCUGGACACUUUCGGACAAGGCAAAGGCAUGACUGCUUGGGUCGGUUCUCUGGUAUCUGGGAUCGGGUUAAUUGCAAGUCCUAUUUGCAGUGCCUGCGUGACAAACUUUGGAGCCAGACCGGUCACAGUUUUCAGUGGGGUUGUGGUGUCUGGGGGCCUGAUGCUAAGUGCAUUUGCUCCCAAUGUCCAAUUUCUGAUUUUCUCCUAUGGAAUAGUUGUUGGUAUGGGAUGUGGUUUGGUAUAUGCUGCUACAGUGACCAUCACUUGCCAGUAUUUUGACAAGCACCGAGGUCUUGCACUUGGAAUAAUAACAACAGGUACAAGUGUUGGAGGCUUUGUUUGUGCAACUUUUCAGCAAGUGCUUGUGGAACUGUAUGGACUUGAGGGAUGCUUGCUAAUAAUGGGAGCGCUGGCACUCAAUAUUAUGGCAUGCGGGGGUCCAAUGAGGCCUAUGAAUUUUCCACAGUACUUCCUGAAGCAGAAAGCAGCACUAGAACGCACGACAGAGCUAAAAAAAGAUACACACCAUGAGAAGCCUCCUAUCAAAGAAGAAUCCAUCAACAAAAAUACUUUGAGUGUGGAAAAAGGGUUAACAGUGAGUGACACUAAAGACCCGUUAUCUUCUGAAAAUAGCUUCCUGGGACGUUCUUCCUUUGUAAAAAUAAUCAAGAACAAUAAGUACACUUACUCAAAGUACAUAGACAUGACCGCUGAACUGCUGCAGGACAGAGUGUUUGUGGCCCUUUGCAUGGCUAUUUUUCUGUUUGAUAUUGGCGCGUUUCCACCUGUGCUGUUCAUGGAAGAUGUUGCCAGGAGUUCAGGCCACAGUGACGGCACCUGCAUUGUACCCCUGGUUUCUAUCGUGGCUUUCAUGACAGGAGUCGGCAAGCUGGUGCUAGGCAUACUGACAGAUUGUAAGUUUGUGAACAGUUUGUACCUGUACACUUUCACAAUAGUUGGAAGUGGAAUUGCACUGCUUAUAACUCCGAUUGCAAACAACUACGCUGCACUUGCAGUACUUUCUGGGGUGUUAGGGUUUUUUUCUGGCAACUGGUCAAUUUUUCCUUAUGUGACCACCAAAAUCGUGGGGAUGGACAGACUAACACAUGCCUAUGGAAUUCUUAUGUUCUUCGGUGGAUUUGGAAUUGUACUAGGGCCCCCAGUUGUAGGCUGGAUCUAUGACUGGACAGAAUCGUACGACCUGGCAUUCUUCUUCAGUGGAGCCUGCGUGCUGCUAGCUGGAUUUAGCUUGCUGCUGGCAGCACUGCCUUGCUGGGACAAACUCAAGGAGGACCAUUCCAGACCUGAUAUCAAAUACACUAGCAACUGUGAUAAAGUUGCAUCUGUAGCUUAGAUAACAUUUUAUAUACAUUUCGGGAAAUAUUAUUAUUUUUUUUUUUUUAUGCCAAGAACAGUGAAGCCAAUUUAGUACUGUUUUCAGAUGCAUUUUUAAUUUUUUUUUAAUAUAGAAAAACACUAGAUUUUACACUCUGCAUGUAUAAUUUAAAAGAGAAAGAAGCAUGGUCCUAUCGGAUUUGAGAUUUCAAAUUCCAUAAGAGGGAAGAUUAUCUGUUUGUCUCGUUCUAAGAGACAUUUCUAUAGUCAUGUAUCUGUUGAGAGGACAACACGUGGUAGGUUCUGUUUACUGCAAUGACUGUUUGCUGUAAUAUGUAUAUGUACUGUAUAUGUCAGUCUGGCCCAGGGGGAGAAGUGUAUAUUAAACUGAAGCUGUAUACAUUUUUUUUUUUAAACAAGAAUAUUGGCUAAGUAAUCCUUUACUGUCAACUAAAUGUUUUAAGUGAUUUUUGCAGAAUAAAAAACACCAAAUAGCCUUUAAUUGUUGAUAUUUUUAUUGACUGCCAUUGCUGCAAUUAUGCGACUGUUGAAGAAUAACAAGAGUACGUCUUCUUGUACUGUGGCAUAUUCAGAAAUCCUGCCUUGUUGCUGUGUGUGGAUUAUGAAAGACUGGUUUUUGUUUGUUUGAUAAAAAGCUUAUGUUCCAAAAAAAAAACAUUUAUUGCUUUGGUAGCUGUGUAGCAAUCAUAUUGUAUUCUAGAUGUGUUUAAACCUGUACUUUUAAUGUCUUAUUAUUUAGCAUGUUGUAUUGUUAUGUUUUUGUUUCUUUUUUUCAAAACAACCGUGCCAAAUAAAAGAAAGAAUCCUAAA